AUGAAUACGUACUACAGCUUAUUCGCUUUUUUCCUUGUCCAGAUUGCACUAAAGUUUAGUAACGCAAAAGUAACAGUAGACACAUUAUGCAAAAAUGGGAUCUUGGCACAAAUGAGUAAUCAUUUUAAAUGUAUAUGUAAUGAAGGAUUUUUACAUCAUUCUGAAAAUGAAUGUGAAGUAAAAAAUGAAUGUAAGGAAGACACUGUAGGAAAAGCAUGCGGAGAUUUUAGUCGAUGUGUUAAAAAUGAAAAAAAAGAGGGUGUAGAAAAAGAGGAUGAAUACAAAUGCAUUUGCAAUGAAGGAUAUACUUUGACUGAAAAUGUUUGCGUACUUACUGAAUGUAUAGCAAAAAAUUGUGGUGAAAAUGGUGAAUGUAUCGUUGAACAAAUUCAGGAGGACAAAAAUGCAGCUUGCUCAUGUCCUAUUGGAAAAAUUAGAAAUCCAGAAGAUGAAAACAAAUGUACAAAAGAAGGUGAAACUAAAUGUGACUUAAAAUGCACAAAAGAGAAUGAAAUUUGCAAAAAUGUUGAUGGAGUUUACAAGUGCCAAUGUAUGGAAGGAUUUAAUUUUAACAAAGAUCAAGACACAUGUGUUGCCUUUUCAGUAUUUAACAUUUUAAACCUCUCACUCGUCGCUGUCAUAGUUAUAGCACUUGCUUAUAUGAUAUAA